AUGGAGGCCUAUGUCACUUUCAAUUCUGACAUCGUUUCGAGCUUGUUAAAUCCUGUGUCAGGAACUGUGUCCGGAACAGAAGAGCAGCGACAUCCGUGGCGAGCGCGUUCCCUCCAGACCUUUGAUAAGCCAUUUCUUAGGCUAUGGGACCGCUGCUCAGGGAGCCGACCGAAUGCAGAUGGUUGUAUGAGGUCAAGAGCGAACCGUGGACGGCUUGACACCUUCAAAUCUCGGAAAGAUUCAUUGACCAUUCACAUUGAUCACAGCAACUGGACACCAACACCUUAUAUCUCAUUCAUAGACUCGCCUUCCGAAAUCGAAGAACUCGCGAGCUUGAGAACCCGACGGGGUCGAGGACCAAUGACUCUGACCGUUAUUGAUCCUGAUGAACGUGUUCGAAACGGUCUACCCGUGCUAAACGUCGGUGAUGAGAUGGAGUACUACGAUAUUCCUGAUCCUUACAAAAAUCCAAUUGAGAUCAUAGGCCAUUGGCAAUGGGACGACCUUAUCGUGAACGAGAAUUGGUAUCAAGAGAUUAUCAUACCCGCCUUCGGGCGUGCUCGGCAGGCGGCGACGGCGGAAAGCUUGUCGAACCUGUUUACCGGGCUUUCUCUCUCAACCGAUCCAUCCGAUCCAACCAAUUUCUUCCAUGGUUUCUCAGAGUCAUCAAGCGAAGAACUCACCUGGGACUUUGAAGACGAAGUCGUCAAUGAAGGCUAUGAUUCCGAUGCUGCAAACUAUCUUCUUCUGGAGAUGACUGGGUCAGAUACUGAUGAUGAAGCGGAAGAGUCUAACGCUUCCGAUGAUGCGAUCAAGGUGCUGGAAGGAGAUUGA